GGCCAGCUUCGCACGACCUCGUUCUCUUAUUCUCUUCUCAUUCCUAGAUACAUCCACAACAAAUGUUUUAAUUUUUGUUAUUUUGUACAUUAUAGUUCUUGAUCUACGGUUCCGAUUAGCCUUCGCGGCUGCUAUGCCAUUCUCCGCUACUCCCCAUACCAGCUCUGCGCAGGCGCAUCUGGCAGUUGACGACGCCCAAAAGGACAUCGGCAAGGAUCUAAUCAUCCAGUCCAGGGAAACCGGCGAUGUUGUCCCGCAACCCCCACAUCCCUCUGCUGGAAGCACCGACAAAAAAGACCAGGCAAAGCCUUUUGCCCAUUUUGUCGCUGGUGGACUUGGUGGCAUGACCGCUGCGACUCUUACCUCUCCACUUGAUGUCCUAAAAACCCGUUUGCAAUCCGACUUUUACCAAGCGCAGCUGCGAUCGCUCCGCGCCGCUCAUCCCUUGCCGCCAUCGUCGCUGUCAUCCCUUCCUCGGAGUGCUCUUAUGCACUUCAACGAAACGUUCCAAAUCCUGCGUUCGAUCCACGUGCAUGAAGGUUGGCGUGCUCUGUUCAAGGGUCUGGGACCCAAUUUGAUCGGGGUGGUGCCUGCUCGUGCCAUCAACUUCUACGUAUACGGGAACGGGAAACGGAUCUUGAGUGAUCAUUUCAACUAUACAAACUCCCAAGAAACACCCGUCGGAAUCCAUCUGACCGCCGCCGCCGUCGCCGGAAUCGCCACUGGAACUGCCACCAACCCGAUCUGGCUUGUGAAGACACGUCUACAGUUAGACAAGUCCAACGCCGAACACCAUAAUGGCCAGGGACGACAAUAUAAGAACAGCUGGGACUGUAUCAAGCAGACGGUGCGCCACGAGGGCGUCCGCGGCUUGUAUAAAGGACUUUCGGCAUCGUACCUCGGCGUGACAGAGUCGACACUGCAAUGGGUGAUGUACGAGCAGAUGAAGAUGUUCCUUGCACGCAGGGAGUCGGCCAAGCGUGCCGAUCCCAACUAUACCUACGGCACCUGGGACGAUGUAGAACUAUGGGGUGGACGAAUCUGUUCCGCAGGAUUGGCCAAGCUGGUCGCCGCGGCUGCCACCUACCCUCAUGAGGUUGUCCGGACGCGAUUGAGGCAAGCGCCGACUGUGUCUAUUGGAGACGGCAAGGUGGUGAUGAAGUACACCGGUCUUGUGCAGUGCUUCAAGACCGUCUGGAAGGAGGAGGGUAUGGUUGGGUUGUAUGGCGGCUUGACACCGCACUUGCUGCGUGUCGUUCCGUCCGCUGCCAUCAUGUUCGGAAUGUACGAGGUGAUCCUCCGCCUCUUCGGAACAACAUCUUAGAUCUCCUCUCACGCAGUUUCUAACGUACCUUUCACGCCACUCUUCUUCGAAGCCCUGUAUAUUAUCACAAUUGUCUGUUAUUCUUUCGGGUAUAUUUUUUCUGCUUAGAAGGGUUAAACUGCAUGUGCACGGCGUACAGUUCUUUGGUUGACUUGGCAUUUAUCUGUUCUGUUUGUGGCCGGUGUCUGGCCCAUCUGUCAUUCUUUUCUGCUCAGCGAUCCGAAACUAUAUUAAUCUGGAUGAAUGUAUAUUAGCAACAAAUAGAAACGCAUCAUUUCCGUUAGUAUAA